UGCGACGCAGUACAGGUGGAAGAGAGGACAGAAAGGUUCAAUCCAUACGGGAAAAAAAAAAAAAACCUUUCAGUAAAGGGUGAUGUGUGCAACCUACGUGUAUUUGCCGGGAUAGCUUGCGCCGGCGCCAACCAACAGCGAUGACGUCGUCUAUCUCUAUAAGCGAACAUCAGCCUCCGACGGUUUCACUGUUUCUCCAGCAACAGCACAAUACUCGACGCCAUAUUGAACGCCCCAUUCGAGUUUGGCCGUUCGCGAUGGAGUGUCUUGCAGAAACCGAGGCUGAGACUGAUACAGCGGAAACAACGGAAGAGCAGCCCGGAAAUUCAGAAAGCUUGACCGCAGCCGCCGCUACGUCUCGGCAACCGGUAGCGAACGUCAAAAAAGACUGUUACAUAAAACAAGCGGGUACAAAAAGUGGCCAAAGUACCAAGCAGUCGCUGGACGGAACGAAGAAAAUUGUGGAGGCGGAAACCGCGGGAUGUGCUCCAUUCUUCGGUGUGAAACACUACCUGAACAACUUCUACGGCAUCACAGAUGGCGAUACCGACGCCAAAAUUGUUCGCAUAAUCGAACCGGAGGACGAAGAUGACUACUUUGCCAUCCUGUCUGCCGGAGCUGGGCACAGCAAAAGUGAGGUCGAAUGUUGGCACGUUCACCGUCGCUGCUUUGCGUGGUCAUUCAGCGUUGGAUCGUUGAUUGUUCUGCUGGGUGUGACGUGUCUUCUGCUGGGUUUCCUGCUUCCCCGUCACUCAGUCCUCGUUAGUCAAAUGGAGGACAAUGAUGUGAAGAUGUGGAUGUCAGCCCAUUCAAGCAAUAGCGAACCGUCUAUUUCAUCAUUUAACAUCCUCGACCGUCAGGCUAUGGAGCAUAACAACGUGCUGGACACGCUAAAAAUGGGCGGCGGGAUAGCUACGUGCUUCGGCUGCUUUUUGCUCCUCCUGACUCUCAUUUUCCCACCCGGCAGCCAUCCGUCAAAAUGGGCAGAAGAAGGAGAGACGUCACAAAUCAGUCAGAUCAAUCAAGCUCUUAAGAAUUGUUUACUUUCAGUUCAUUCCAAGAAUCAUCCGACUUUCUUCUAUUCCGGACUGGUCGCCUCGACCACCAAUGAAAAAAUACCAGUUUUCCAGCAGCUUCAGCCCGUUCAACCCAAGGAUUAAGUAUGUUACAUUAUUUUAGAAAAACAAAAAAUGCAGUAACGAUUAACGUUACGACAAAGCGCACGUAACACUGCACAAGAAAAUUUCUCUUUUGAUUUUCUUGUUAUUGAUCAACGUGUUUUCGUCUAGAUAUCAUCGGGUUAUGAGAGACCGCAUUUGAGUGCGUUUCAUUUCCUAAACGGUUGAUGUCCUGUGUUUUACACAUAUACAGUACAUAAAUAUUACUUAAAGAAAAAUAGACAGUUAUAUAUACCGUACACGUUUGUGAACAUUGACAUAAGCAUCAAGCAUUGUCAGUAGAUAUAAUUUUCAAUACAUAUACAUAACUGAUGUGAAAGCCCAAGCGAACGGAAGAAUCCAAAAUGCCCACAUUGUGUGCUAUCGCUAUGAUAAGAAGUGAUUGAUCAUACUCAGAAAUAUAUUGGCCAUAAUUGGGACGUGUGAAGGAAGAA